UCCCAUCCAAUAACACAAACAGAGGCGAGGGGCGAGGAGUACUCACCAAAACACCACUUAACAAGAAGCUGAUGAGAAGGGUUAGGGUUCGAGCUUCGUUCUUCUGGGUUUUGCCAGAAUCGUUAGUUUCGACCUUCGCCAAGAAAGAUAGUAACAGUCGACUCUUCCUCUUCGCCGUCGACGAGUGGAUGCGAAGUCUCACCUUGUCUUUAAGCUGCAGGAUGGUGAAUGGCCACCCCUGUGUUCGUCGAUUGAGAUGGGAAUGGAGGGAAGUUCGAGGACAGGACGAUAGAGGCGAGAGGACCGCACGAUGGAGGCGAGAUGACCGGAUGACUGUGUUGGUCAAUUCACAAUCCUUGGUGAAGAGAAUCGAGGUGAGAGUGGGGAUUUUGGGUUUCUGCUAGGGUUCCUGCGAAGAGGAAUCGGGAAGAACGAAUGGGGCGGAGGGUGAAUACGAAAAAGUAAAAAUUUGGUAAAGUAGGGUACUUUUUAAAUUAAUAAAAAUAAAUAAUUUCAUUUUCCACCAUGGCAUGCCACGUAAACCAAAUGUGACCGUUUGUCCGGUCAGCAUUCGUUAAGUUUCUGUUACAUUAUUAGACGGAAUGACUAUUUAUGUGUAUUUUUCAAAAUUUGGCUAUUUUUGUCACAAAGUGCAAAGUUACGGCUAUAAAAAUAUAUUUUGCCUAAAAACAAUUAACUGCCCCAAAUCCCACAUGAUUAGUUUAAUUAAAUAAUUAACAUCCUAAUAAAUCGCAUGCUAUCAGGAAAGCAAAAGUCUAAGAGCAUCCACAUUGGUAUUGCAUUCUCAAUUGCAAAAUGAGAUGACAUAGGUGUUUGCAAUUGCAAAACCAAUUGCAUUGAUGUUGCUACCAAUUGCAUAUUUGCAAGCUUACAACAAAUGCAAUUCCAUAUGCAAGUCAAAAAAUCCUUAAAAAUGAGGAUUUUGUAUUUUAUAUUAUUUUCUUUUCUCUUUUACUUAAUUUUUUUAUAAUUUCAACAUAAUAUUUAAUUAUAUUUGCAAUUGCAAGUUAAUUGCAUUGAUGUAGGUGAAUGAAAUAAAUGUGAUGUGGAUUGCAAAAAAUUUGAGUUGACAAUAAAAAAACACAAAUGCAAUUUCUUUUGCAAUUGCAUUGAUGGAGAUGCUCUAAUAGAUAUGAGCCAAAGAAGGAAGAAGUGGAAAACAGCAGAUUGAUUUGUGUUGUACGAAACAUGCAUCUCUCAUCAUGAUUAGCGCCGCCACGUGCGGUGUCGGAGUCGGACGGGUCAAAGAACAUUUUUUAGGAUGGUAAAAAUAUCUGUAAUUGUGGACAUCCGCCCGAAUCCGAUUUAAUUGGGUAGGAUAAAACUCGAACUCGAAAGACUUUUAGUGGGUAUGGAUAAAACCCGAACCCGAAUAUCGCGGGUAAUGGGUGGGCAUGGGUUUCUUACUAUCCAACCCGAACCCGCCCAAUUAUACACGUGCAUAUGUAUUUUGUCUAGAAAUAAUCAUUAUUUUUCUCUAACAUAUUUUAUAUUUAGCAUAUAAUAUUUUCGUGAAAUUUUGUUGUUUUAAUUAGUUUUCUUCAUUCUAGUGAACUAUUAUCGUUCUUUUACUCUUACGUAAUGUGAGAAUACAUGUGAAUGUUAACAUAUUGGGUGGAGUUAUUAAGAGAAAUUAUUACUCAUGGAUAACCGAAACCCGAACUGGUAUUUGCAUGGUUUUGAUUUUUUACCAAUUUCUUAUGUGGGUAUAGGUAUGAGUAAAACCCGAACUACUUUAAAUAAGGCAAAUGAUAUGCACUAUCCGUCCUCGACCCGACCCAUUGCCAUCUCUACAUUUUUGCCAUUUCCAGAAAAUAAUAUUCCUGAUUUACUUCUACCCUUCACUCUCAUCUUCUAACCUCCUUUUUUUUCUAUGCAGAUGAAAAAAUGAAUCUACUCCCUCAGUGAACCAACAAACACAAGAAAACACACAUCUUAUUCUCGUUCACUUUCAAACAAUCAAACACUAGCAACAUUUUUUAAAUUCUUUGUGUCCUUUAAAUUGAAAAAAGAAAAUUGGCGAGAGUGUGGAGGCGGCACUUGCUUCCGUACCACGUGGAAGGACGUGAUUGGGUACUAUGACGUGGCUGUUUUGAGGGAUUUUUCGGAAAGUGCAUCGUAGUGGUCGUCCGCUCAUUUUGGUGCAGAGCAGGGCCAAGGCCCAUCCAUGGGUGCGUUAGCGGGCCGGGGCGCCCAUCCUUUUAAUCCUCCCUCCCACAAUGCCGUUACCACUAAUAAUAAUGUUUAACCGUUUAGGGUUUGGAAUUUAGGAAGAAAAAAUUCCCAGAGUU